AUAACUUUUUCCUUUUCCUUUCUCCGUCAACUAUUUAUUCAGUGCGGAUUGCAGAGGGCGCAGCUCCACCGUGGUAACUUAAAAUGUGGCCGCCCCUGCGCUGGCUUCUUUCUCCCCGGCCCUCGGUGAACCCAGCUUUUCCUUUAAAGUAUAGACAAAUCCUUGCUUAGGGUCAGCCAGACCUUGGGCUUGCUUUGGGCGCCCGCGUGGACGCUGAAGGCCCUUCGAGAUUUGUCAGAAACCUUGGUGGGCCACGCAAAAAGUGUGUUGGAAAUCCACGGUGAUCCUUAGUGUGGUGAUGGGAUUGCCCGAAAAGGAUUUCAGAUGCAUGCCAGGUUUCCACUGAUUGCCAGAACUCGAGAUCACUACACAUGGAUCCCCAAAAUCAACAUGGCAGUGGCAGUUCAUUAGUUGUGAUCCAGCAGCCUUCUUUGGAUAGCCGUCACAGAUUAGAGUAUGAGAGAGAGAUUCAGCCUGCUGCUAUUUUGUCCUUAGACCAGAUCAAGGCCAUAAGAGGCAGCAAUGAAUACACAGAAGGGCCUUCAGUGGUGAAAAGACCUGCUCCUCGGACAGCACCAAGACAAGAAAAGCAUGAAAGGACUCAUGAAAUCAUACCAAUUAAUGUGAAUAAUAACUACGAGCACAGACACACAAGCCACCUGGGACAUGCAGUACUCGCAAGUAAUGCCAGGGGCCCCAUUUUGAGCAGAUCGACCAGCACUGGAAGUGCAGCCAGCUCUGGGAGCAACAGCAGUGCCUCUUCUGAACAGGGACUGUUAGGAAGGUCACCACCAACCAGACCAGUCCCUGGUCAUAGGUCUGAAAGGGCAAUCCGGACCCAGCCCAAGCAACUGAUUGUGGAUGACUUGAAGGGUUCCUUGAAAGAGGACCUGACACAGCACAAGUUCAUUUGUGAACAAUGUGGGAAGUGCAAGUGUGGAGAAUGCACGGCUCCCAGGACCCUGCCAUCCUGUUUGGCCUGUAACCGGCAGUGCCUUUGCUCUGCUGAGAGCAUGGUGGAAUAUGGAACCUGCAUGUGCUUAGUCAAGGGCAUCUUCUACCACUGCUCCAAUGACGACGAAGGGGAUUCCUAUUCAGAUAAUCCUUGCUCCUGUUCACAGUCACACUGCUGCUCUAGAUACCUUUGUAUGGGAGCCAUGUCUUUAUUUUUACCUUGCUUACUCUGUUAUCCUCCUGCUAAAGGAUGCCUGAAGCUGUGCAGGAGGUGUUAUGACUGGAUCCAUCGCCCAGGGUGCAGAUGUAAGAACUCCAACACUGUCUAUUGUAAGCUGGAGAGCUGCCCCUCCCGGGGUCAGGGUAAACCAUCAUGAUUUUUGGAGGUGGGUUGUACCUCCUGAACUUCUAGCUUUCAAGUUGGGGCUGGUUUUUUUUUCUUUUCUUUUCUUUAGAAUUUUUCCCUGUUUCCCACCUUCUCUUCCCCUGUUCCCAAGAUCUGACUCAUGGAUUUUUCUCUUUCCUCAUGGAUGAUCUUCAGCAAGAGUGGACUGGGAAACUGCACCUGGCUCCCACUUAAAACAAGAGCCUCUGCCAUCCACUUGAGAGGGUAUUGAGAGCCAGUGGGCUUUUGUGUAGCCUUUUUGUUCUGCAAGCAACUUUCUAAAGUUGUAUACAUGAACAUACACCCACACCCAGACUACAGUGAUUUAGAGUUGUUUUGAUUGGGUACUGUGGGAGCAGGGAAAUUGGUUUUUUAAAAAGCAACUGUUUAAUUGCUUAAAUAAGCUAUGUAUUAAAUCUGUCUCCAGUUAGGGCUAUCUUUCUAGCAUUGGCCCCUUAAGUAGCAUGGGGGAUAUAUUUUUUGCUAUAACGUAAAAAUUUUCCUUUAACCACUGCCCUCUCCUUCUUGUCCUCCAAGGUUCUUUCCCCUCGGUUUUGUUGUUGUCUUACUCUGGAGAUGCCAAGUGCAUUUUUUCUUUCUAUGUAAUUUUAGAUUCGCUUUACAAUGUAAAUCUUCACAUUGGAGAUAUAUUGGUUGGACCUUGCCCAUCUUCACUCUAGCCUUUGUAUUUGUGAAGGACUCAACAACCUUCCUUCUUCACCCCAUGCUUCUCACCAAAUUUUUGUUGUCAUUGAGGGCAUUUGGAUAACUCAAGUUGAUAUUUAUAGCUGAUCAAUCUAUAGGUGUCACAGAACUAUGCUGCCUAAAGUGAUCUUGGCUCCUUAAUGGUCCUUUUGGCCCCUUGGAUAGUUAACAGCUGAGUAAUUCUAAUCUCUUCUGUGUUUUCCUUGCCUUAACCACAAAUUGUGGUGCUUUUUGUAUAUUUUAUGUAUAAAUCACAAAGUUGAAUUCUGACUAUUUUUAAGACAAAAAGUCUGUUAAACUUUUUUAUUGUAAAGAAUAUUUAUUAUGCGAAUCUCUAUUAUUUUAUGGUAUUUAUUGCAAAAGACUGUUGAAAUGUACUCAUGUCUGAAUAUAACAAAAUAUCAAUACUUAACGGAAAAUAAGGUGACACGAAGAAAGUACAUAUGUUAACUAUAAUGCAGAAAAUAUAUUAAUUAAUGAAACUGU